AUGUCGUCCACCAUAAGGCACACUUCAAGUGCAGGUGUGCGGAAGAAGAGUGCAUUUUCUUGCGAGGCAUGCAGACGCCGAAAGGUGAAAUGCGAUGGACGCACGCCAGAAUGUGCUUGCUGCGUAGUACGUGGAGAGGCGUGCGUCUACAAACAGUCACCAUCUCUAUCGUAUACUAAAACCCUGGAACUCCGUGUUGCCCAACUGGAAAGGGCUCUCGCGCAAGUCAACAACGCCGCUUUCACCACAAACGAAAGCAAGAACGUUGCCCCUGUCUUUGAGGAUGUCGCGAACGCCUUCGAAGGAUUUCAAAUUGACGAGGCCGGGCGUGUUUUAGUUCAUGGACCUACGAGCUUCUACCACUUAGCUCGCGAAAGCUCGCCGAAGACUUCACCGUCUUCGUUGCCAGGUGAAGAAGGCGGGAAGGAAAGGCUUGUCAACAGUGCUUGGACUGCUAGAGCGUUCGAGAAGCUGUCAAACUUGCCAGAGCAAACACAAUAUCUGCUCGACUCGCAUUGGUGCUGGAUACAGCCGCUCUUUAACUUCGUGUACCGUCCCGCAUUCACACGUGACAUGAAGGAUCACGGCAAGUAUUAUUCAGAUGCUCUACUCAACGCUGUGCUCUCACAUUCGGUCCGCUGGUGCAAGCUUGUACCUCACGAACAAGGUGUUCAUUUCAGAAAGCAGGCCAGAGAAGCUCUGAUGGCUAGGAUUCAAGUAGGGCACGCAUCGAUACCGGACGUUCAAACCCUGCUCCUGCUUUCUGCUCAGGAGUGCGGGCAUGGCAACUUCACACAGGCUUGGCUGUACAGCGGGAUGGCGUUCCGCUUAAUCGAGGAUCUAGGCAUUAUAUUUGACGGGCGCAGAUAUGCAGGUCCGGUGCAGUUUACCACGGAAGACAUCGAAGUUCGCAACCGGCUGUUCUGGUCAUGCUACUUCUGGGACAAAUUGAUUGCGCUUUACCUUGGCCGCCUACCAACUAUUCGGCAAUCAAAGGUCAGCCCACCACGACAUAUACUCGACGACACUGGUGAAAUUGACGUAUGGAUGCCGCAUGGGAUCGAGCACUCCCUCGCUACGGCAUACCCCCCUCACCAGGCGCAUGGAACUUCCUGCUUCACUCAAUUCUGCGGUCUUGCAGAGAUCCUUGAAGUCGUACUUGUUUCAUUGUACAACCCAGUUCAGCAAAGUACGCCGUUACAGACUGCUAAUUGUGUCGUGGAGCAAAGCAGAAGACUGACGGAAUGGUACGGUGGACUUCCAGAAUUUCUCAAGAUUACUGUAUCGGCUGUUCCGAAGCAUUGUCCGCCGAGUCAUAUUGUGACUCUCAACUGCUUGUAUCACACUAUCAACAUCCUAUUGCACAGGGCGAUGAUCACCAAGCAUUGCGGAAGGACGAUGACCAGUCCUGCAAAUGAGGCGGAGCAUCUACGGCAAUGUGUGUUGUCGGCGACCGCAACCACCAUUAUCUUUGACUUAGCAGUAAGAUCUUUCGGGGAUGGACACGUUGUAACAUGCCAAGCGUACACGAUCUAUACCUCGGCAUCGGUGUUCUUGCUACACCUACAAGCGACGAAAGACUCCGAUUCCAUUACCAUUCAACAUCUCAAGUAUUGUGUCAACGUGCUGGAGCGGCUGAAGAAGACGAGUCCGGUAAUCACCGCUCCCUUGUCACUCAUUGAGAAGGAGUUACAAAAACUUGGUGUGGACCUUUCGAGCCCAGUCUCUGGGACUACUCAUGACAACACAACGUCCGAAGCCGCAGACCUGGCGGAAGAGCCUAUUGCAUCUGAUGCGUCCUUCGCACCGGACGGCAGCGCUGGCCUCAACGAUUUCCAGAAUCUGGACUUCGACAUGGACACAUUCGAUAUCACUCCGGAGAUGCUGAGCGCAAUGUCAAGUAUUGAGCCGAUGAGUGCUAAUGUGAAUGCAUGGAGCGAGUUCGAAGAUAUGUACGUUUUCAACUAA